UCCCGACUCCUCUGCCACCGCUGGGCGCUGGCGCCGCCCAGUCAUCGCUCGCGCCGCCGCGAUUCGCCGAACUCGCCAGCAUCGUCCGCGCCGCCCGCCAGCGCCGCACCUCCGUCCACGCCGGCCGUCCGCCCGCGUGCCCUCCGUCUGCGCCGCCCGUCCGCGUCCUCCAAUCGUCGGCGGCACCUCCGUUCGCGCCGCCAGCGCCGUACCUCCGUCCACGCCGUCCGCCCGUGCCGCCCCUCCGUCUGCGCCACCCGUCCGCGUCCUCCAAUCGUCGGCGGCACCUCCGUCCGCGCCGGCUGCGCCGUACCUCUGUCCACGCCGUCGGCCCGUGCCGCCCCUCCGUCCGCGUCCUCCAAUCGUCGGCGACACCUCCAUCCGCGCCGCCUGCGCCUCUGACUUCCUCCAUCGCAGGCCACCAUCCCUGCAUCGGCCACUUGCGAGCAGCGGCUGUUCCCAUCUCUACGGGUGCCUCGCCAACCACGUGGGUGCUCAGAGAUGGGUCGCGGGCUUCUUCUCCCCCACACGAGGAGGCUUAUGUUGUUCAUGCGGCCGAUGCGCUACUCCGCCUCUGCCACCGUGACCGCUGGUUCUUCGCGCGACCCGCUCCACGUGUGUGUCGUCGGCAGUGGCCCCGCCGGGUUCUACACGGCCGAAAAGAUGCUAAAGGGUCAUGAAGGAGUGCAAGUCGAUAUUAUUGACAGGUUGCCGACACCGUUUGGCUUACUUCGUUCUGGAGUGGCUCCAGAUCAUCCAGAAACAAAGAUUGUGGUAAACCAAUUUUCUCGUGUAGCUGCGAAUCCCCGCUGCUCUUUUUUUGGGAAUGUAACACUUGGAAGUGAUGUAUCUCUAUCAGAGCUUCGAAAGACAUACGAUGUUGUUGUUCUUGCUUAUGGUGCAGAAAGUGAUAGAUCAUUUGGUAUUCCUGGGGAGGACCUCAGAGGAAUACAUUCUGCUCGAGAGUUUGUAUGGUGGUAUAAUGGGCACCCAGACAUGUGCAACUUGCCACCUGACUUGACAAACACAGAUUCUGCUGUGGUCCUUGGACAGGGAAAUGUUGCGCUUGAUGUCGCCCGUAUUCUUCUUCGCUGUACAACCGAGUUGGCUUCCACAGAUAUUGCUGGUUAUGCUUUGGAUGCUCUCCAUAGCAGCACAAUAAGGAAGGUUUACUUGGUUGGGCGACGAGGCCCAGUACAGGCAGCUUGCACAGCAAAGGAAUUACGUGAAAUUUUGGGUAAUUACAAAAUGUGUUUGAAAAAUGUGAAUAUUUGCAUCAAGGAGGCUGAUCUUGCGACAUCGCCUGCGGAUAAGGAGGAGAUGAGGAAUAGUAGAAUAAAAAGACGGGUGUAUGAGCUGCUAUCGAAAGCUGCUACCGUGCAUCAGGAAAACAACGAUAAUGACCAAAAGGAGCUUCAUUUUGUGUUUUUUAGGAAACCUACCAAAUUUCUCCCUUCAGAAGAUGGUUCCACGGUUGGUGCUGUGGAACUUGAAAAGACUCUCUUAAAAGAUGAUGGAGCAACUGGAAAGCAGGUGGCAGUUGGAACUGGUGAGUUUGAAGAACUAAAAUGUGGAAUUGUUUUGAAGAGUAUAGGUUACAAAUCCUUGCCAAUAGAAGGUUUGUCCUUCGACAAAUACAGAGGAGUUGUCCCAAAUUUGAGGGGCAGAGUUCUGUGCAGUGAAUCAGAGACUGCCACGGUGGAGCCAGGACUGUACGUGGUAGGAUGGUUGAAGAGAGGACCAACUGGGAUUGUUGCUACAAAUCUCCAUUGUGCCGAAGAAACGGUGGAUAGCAUCCUUGAAGACGACAGGAAGGGCGUAUUCACGGACCCAUCUGGUCCAAAAAGGCAAGGCCGGCGGGGACUAGUUGAGAUUCUAGAACAGAAGAAUGCCCGCUACGUGCCCUUUGAUGGCUGGGAGAAGAUCGACUCCAAAGAGAAGACGGCCGGCGAGCUGAAGAACAAGCCUAGGGAGAAGAUCACAAGAUGGAAUGAGCUCCUGGAAGCUGCAAGGGAGGGUUAGUUGAAGGGCCACACAUAUGCAUCUGACGGAGCUGCUGGUUCAUGCGUAAACUGAAUCAAAGAAACAAACUACGAGGGACAAUCUGAAUACUGACACAACAGAAAGAAAGUCAAGUGCUAAUGUGUCUUAGCAAUGAAUCAUGCGUACCAAUACUGGUUAAAAUCCCAAAAGGCUCGACCAUUGAAGCCACAUGAAACUACUGUAUUCGUGAGAUGCCACCUCGUCUAAAUCAUGAGCAUUCUUUUGAUGAUGAACA